AUGGACAACUCUGAAAGCCUUGAUGAACUUCCUCCUAAAAUUCGUACUAUUAUCAGAAUUCUUAAGCUACCCAUCAGAAGAGAGAACCAUCUUGACACCCUACAGCCUUUGCUUAAGGAUAUAUAAAUUUCUUCAAACAGAAUAAGAUUACUAGUGAAGAUCUGAGGUAUAUUUGUAAAUAAGCUCAAGUAUGAAUUUAUACCAGCGGGUUUUGAUGUUAUUAAGUAUGGAGAAUAUGGAAAUAACUUUUAUAUUACCUUACAUGGAAGUGCAAGUGUUUUGAUUCCAGGUAAAAAGAAAAAACAAGAAACUAGCAAGAAAAUGUCAUAUGUUGAAGAAGUUUCAGAAUCAGACGAACAUAAAUCAGAAGGUGAUCAUGAUACUGCACAGCCAAGAAGUAUCAGGCGUAUUACAAGAAGGUUUACCAAAAUGGCACACAGAAAGACAACUGCUCAUGAGCAAUCUCAAAUACUUAAUAAGACAACUCAUAAAAACAGUUUAGAAGUUCCUAUAGACGAGGUUACUGAAGAAGAAGACGAAAAUUAUACAGAAGUAUCAGUUCUAAAAGGAGGCUCAAGUUUCGGAGAACUUGCUCUUAUAUCAAGCAAGCCUCGUGCAGCAACCAUCAGGGCCAAAACAGGAGCUUAUUUUGCAGUAAUCGGGAAGGCUGACUACCAAAAAGUAUUACUUAAAAUUCAAGAAAAAGAAUUGAAUAAAUAAGAUUGAUUUCUUUAAGUCUCUCCCUAUUUUCCAAGAUUGGACAAGAAUUGCAGUAGGAAAGCUGACAUAUUUCUUUAUUGAAAAAGAAUACCUGAGGAAUUUUAAAGUGUAUUCUGAAGGUGACAAAACAGAGUACAUUUAUAUUGUCCUUGAAGGAGAAUUCGAAGCAAAUAAAUUAGUCACAAUUGGAAAGAAGAGAUCUCCUGAGGAUAAUUUUAUCCAUGAGCACAUUUCUGAUAAGAGACAAAAACCUAUUGCUAAGAUACACAAGGAACUUAUUCAGAAUUAUGCAGGAAGCCUGUCUAACAGUUCAAGCGAAGCUAGCCUCGAUAUUAAUAAUCCAAUAAAGGAAAAUAAUGGCACCGAAAAUAUGUUUUGUCCUGAGUUAUUUUGAAGAGGUUCUUUGAUAGGAGAUGAAGACAUUUAUGCAGAGAGGGACUUUCAUACAGCAACAGUAAAAUGAACCUCGAAUAGAGGUAAACUUUUCGCUAUUUUAAAGAGUGAAUUGAUACCUAGACUUCAAGAAAAAGCUGAUUCUUGGGAAUUAUUUGGAGCAAAUGCCUUGAAUAAGGAGAUUAAGCUCCUCAAAAAUGUAUGAACAAAAGAGACGUUUCUUCAAAAUUUCCAAAAGUUGACUGAGAAUAUUAAGAUAAAUAAGCAUCUUAUUCAUGAAUACAUUAGUUUUGAUACUUACACAGAUCUUAAAAUAAAGCCUCCUCAGAAGUUGAUAGAUAACAUUCUAAGAUGAGUCCAAACUUCCAACGAUCUCCAUAAUCAGAAGAUCGUAGACAAUGCAUACCAUUCACAUAGGCAAAAUAAACCUAAAAGAGUGGAGUACAGUCAAUUAAGAGAAAAGAAAACACCGACCCCGAUGACUAAGAUAAGAAAGAAAACCAUUGAUGAUAAUGAAAUCGAGAAUUUUAGGUUAAAAUCAACCAAAAAGACACCUUUAAAAGAAAGAGUGACUAUUCCCUUACAAAGAGUAGGAAAUAAAACAGAAGAACCAGUAUCAUCAAACCAUGACAGAAGGAGUGGUGAUGACCUGACUGAGUAUUCAGAGAAAUUAGAUGCACGAAAUGACAACAGACUGGUAAUGCCAAGUCCCCCAAAGAAUAAUAAAAUGAAAAACCCUUCCUAUAUUAUCCGAGCAAAGAAUGCCAACUACAAUAUAUCUUUAAAAAAACAAACUGUAAUGCAAGGAAGGAAAGGCAAAUCUAAAAGUAGAAGGAGGAAGUUAAAUAAAAAGUUAAGAAAACUUAAAAAGUCACGAAAUAUGGUUCACCGCAUUAAGACUGCCAAGUUUAUUGGAGAAGGCGAUUAUAACACUCUGACCAAGAAGUCGUUAAUGCUAGAUGAAUAUACUAACCAUGGAAAUUCUUCUGCACGGGGUAAAUUCGAUGGAAACACUACCCAAAAUUCUAAUGGGUGAAGUAUACUUAAUCUCAAAUUUGAGAAUAAUUUUAAUUCUUUCAUAAAAGGUAAUGGUGAAUGUGAAGGAACUGAUGGUUCUACUUUACCUACAAUGCAAAGAAACAUUCCUACAAACAAAUAAACUGAUAAGCUCUGGCUUCUUCAGUACAGUGGGGAACAGAAAAUUAUCACCUAAUGCAUAUAAUAAUCAGGCUUGACUAUAUAAGAAUAGUAAGCCAAGACGGCCUUCAUCUGCUCAUGAAUUUUAUGAUAUCAAAGAGACUCUUAAGAAAAAAAUAUCUAAGAGAAGAUCAAAGAAGAACAAAUUGCUCAAAAAGUUAGUAAAGAAUGACUUGAACUCUCUUUCAGCAGUAAAGCUUGAGACAAUAGCAAAUUCACCUAUAAAACCCCCUCCAAUAAUUCCUCCAAGAUUGCAAAAGUCUAAACGAAGAGAGCCCGAGUGGAAGAAGGAGAGUGAUUUCAACUCAAAACCAGAAACUAGUAAAAAUAAGAAGAAGAUGCUAAAAAUCCUCCAAAAUGUUCUACCUCUUAAGAAGAAGGUAUUCCAGCUAAAAAUGUAACGCUUCAGACAAUUUUGAGGGUUUUCAUUUAUAUUUAACCAUGAGU